GCAGGCGCAGAGGGGUGGCAUACUGGCAUCACCACCGCAAUAACAACGACGACGGCACCAGCACCAACCACCACUUUACGAGGUCAGGCAGGCGCGCGGCACGGGGCAGGAACCCGUCGCGGGCUUCGUGGUGGAUCUGACCCUACCUGCGCGCAGGCGCGGUCGCUUUGCUUCCCCCCUCUUUCGCGUCGUCGCGCGCCGACCGAGCAAUUCCCCGCGGGGGGGCCGCCGUCUCGACUCGAUCUGCCUCGGCGGUCAAUGCGGGCGGGGAGAUGAGCGCCGGCGGCGGGGAGGAGGAUGAGGUGUUCUACGAGUCGCGGGACCGCGUGCUCUCCUCGUCCUGCUCCUCCACCUCCGCCUCGGACGAUGACGACCACCCUCGGCCCCGCCGGGACGAGGCCGCCUCCGCCGCGGCGGCGGCGCUCGACGUGUGGACGUCCGAGCCGGCGCCCGUUCAGGAGCGGCGGCGGAGGCUUCUCCAGAUGUUGGGGCGCGACGGAGACCCCUCCCUCGCACGCCUCGAGAUGGGCCAAUCGACCUCCUAUGAUGAGCCCGGCCGGCCGGCGGCGGUCUCGCCCGUCUCCCGAUCCAGAUCAGACGGCGCCGUGCCGGUCUCGGCGACCAAGCCCCCGUUGGGGAGUCGGUCGCGCCAGGCGUCGUCGGGCUCCUCCGAGGCCACGCCGGAGGGGGAGGAGACCGACCUGAGGUGCCUAAUUCGGAACCUCGACGACGGCAGCGAGUUCGUGGUGAAGGAGGAGUUGGAGCUCCGCGAGGUCGGCACGGGCCGGCAGCUUACCAUGGAGGAGUUCGACCUCUGUGUCGGCGGCUCGCCCAUCGUCCAGGAGCUCAUGCGACGCCAGAAUGUUGCGAACUCCGGUUCAAACAACGACUCGUCACCCCCCAUCAAGAGGUCCAGCUCCGAUUCCAGCAACGGAGCCACGCGCCAGAGGCGGCGUAGCAGCUGGCUUCGGAGCAUCCGAAAUGUCGCCGGUUCCAUGGUGGUCAGCUCCGACGAGAAGGACACGUCCUCGGAGAAAGGCGAGCGCCGGUCCAGCUCAGCGACAGAUGACAGCCAGGACAGCGCCGGAGCCGUGCAUCAUGGCCCGGAGCGCGUUAAGGUGCGGCAGUAUGGGAAGCCGUACAAGGAGCUCAGCGGUCUGUUCAUGAACCAGGAUAUACAGGCGCACAAUGGAUCCAUCUGGAGCAUCAAGUUUAGUUCUGACGGCCGGUACCUCGCUAGUGCUGGGGAGGACUGCGUCAUCCAUGUCUGGGAAGUGUCAGAGUUUGAGAGGAAACGAGAGGAGAAUGGGUUGUGCAAUCCACUUGUUGCCAUGGUGUGCAAUGGUUCGCCAGAGCCAACAUUAGCAUUGGCCGGUGUGGAUGGGAGCCACUUGGAGAAGAAACGUCGGGCAAGGUUCUUGGAGAGUCGGAGGUCUACGAGUUCAGACCGACUGAUGGUGCCUGAGCAUAUGUUUGCAUUGUCCGAAAAGCCGAUCCGAACCUUUGUGGGUCAUUCAGAGGAUGUGCUUGACCUCUGCUGGUCCAAAUCUCAGUACUUACUUUCGUCUUCAAUGGAUAAAACAGUUAAGUUAUGGCACAUCUCAAGUGCCUCGUGCCUGAAAACAUUCUCACACAGUGACUAUGUGACAUGCAUCCAGUUCAACCCUGUUGACGAUAGAUACUUCAUCAGUGGUUCACUGGAUGAAAAGGUUCGCAUUUGGAGCAUUCAAAACCGUGAAAUUGUUGAUUGGGAUGAUCUGCAUGAAAUGGUCACUGCUGCUUGCUAUGCACCUGAUGGGCAGAGUGUAUUGAUUGGUUCCCACAAAGGCAGCUGCCAUAUUUAUGAUACAUCUGAUAAUAAGCUUCUUCAAAAGAAACAAAUCGACCUGCAAAAUAAGAAAAAGUCCAGUCAGAAGAAAAUCACUGGAUUCCAGUUUCUUCCAGGAAGUACUUCAAAGGUGCUUAUUACAUCUGCAGAUUCACGGAUCAGAGUUGUUGAUGGUUUGAACCUAGUUCACAAGUACAAAGGUUUCCGAAACACCAACAGCCAAAUCGCAGCCUAUUUAGCUGCAAAUGGGAGGUAUGUGAUCUCCGCAAGUGAGGAUUCCCAUGUGUAUAUAUGGAGAAAUGAUGAUAAUCCUGAAAAAGGCAGAAGCAAGGGUACCGUUACUGCCACCAAUUCCUACGAAUAUUUCCACUGCCAAGAUGUGACAGUGGCUGUUGUUUUGCCAUCUACUGGCUCGGCAAUGGUAUCCAGAACCAACUCCAGGAAGCAAGAGGAACUGGAUUGUGUAUCUGAGCAUCCUCUGCUGCACGCUGUCCCUGACAAACUACAAUAUUCCUCUGAUUUAAAGCCCCAAAGCGGCAAUAUCCUAAACACCAGUUCAAAUCACAGUGGUGAUAGGGCAACUUGGCCUGAAGAGCUCAUGACGCCCACACAGCAGAGCCCUCGGUCUAGUAUCAGUCUUCCCAAUGGUGCUGGUCAAGCUCCGAGUCGGUCAGCCUGGGGCAUGGUAAUUGUCACGGCAGGCCGUGGAGGUCAGAUCAGAACAUUUCAGAAUUUUGGUUUUCCUGCUCGAGUAUAGUAGCUAUGAGGCUGUUGCCUAGACUCGUAUCUGCCCUGCAGCUAGCGGCUGAUUUUUGUGUAUAGAUAGGUGGAAAUUUGGGUGAUUUGCACAGCGGGAUUGGGCCGGUUUUGAUGCUCCUAGGUGCACCUGCUUUCAAACUUCAGCUAACCUACGACUUGGCACUCAAGGUAUGGUGAAUUCGUUUGCCCGGAAUUGUACAUGCGAAUGGAGCCCGGGAAAGACCGACGGGUGUCGGCCGGUUGGAGCGAGAUCUUUCGUCAAUCAUUGUUCAUCUGUUUUCUCCACUGAGUCCAGUUUAGCUUUUGUUUUUUACUCUUAUGUUUACCCCUUCAUUAUAUAUAUUCUUGUAAGAAAAAAUCUCAGUGCUACAGAAAUAGAAAAGCAAAAAAGAGUUGCAUAGAGUGGUGGAUUCUUUGUACCAGUAUAGCAGGUUUGGGAUGUUAGUGGUACCUGGAUAUAGGAGCAAUAGGGACUAGGAAGAGAUGAAAAUUUUGAGUUCUGAGGCUUUCCGGCCUUGCUUCUGGACAAGGUUGGCAGGUGCAGUUCUGAUGUAUCUGGUGUUCAACUGUCGGUAAUUCAACAAAUUUCUUAUCCUGUUCCUGUUUUGGAUCA